AUGGGGAAGGGCCGAUUGGUCUCCAGAUUUUUUCCAACCCUUGAGUGUAGUAGUCUGUGGAAAAAGACUUUCCACACACCUUCGAAAUUAUAGCAUCCACCCAUGGGUUGCAUAGGUUGGAGUACUCUGAAACAGAGAUUGGAAGAAAAAUCUCAGAGCUACAUCGAAACAGGGCGGAGGGGAGGUUGCAGCUGGGGUGACAAGAGGGUUAGGUGAGAGAUUUGAGGAGGGAGAGCUGUUAAGAGCCUCCUUGAAGGAAGGUCUGCUUGACUGCACUUUUUUGUGGUUUAAAGAUCCUGUUGGGGUGGGUAGGAGUGGCUGAUUAUGAAGCAGGGACGAGGAAGAUUGGGAAACAAGAGAGGGAGGUGAAGAAGAGGUGGGAACAUGGGUGGGAGAUGGUAGUAUUGGGAUGGAACGGGGAGAAGUGGAAGGUGGGGGGGUGGUGAAGGCGGAGGUGGGGUUGUUUAAAAGUGGUGUUGGAAGUUUGUCUGGUGGUUCCGGAGCAACAAGUGGCAUUGGAGCUGAAACUGCCCGUGUGCUUGCAUUGCGUGGUGUCCAUGUUAUAAUGGCAGUAAGGAAUAUGGCUGCAGCUAGGGACGUGAAAGAAGUAAUGGAAAGAGAUAUCCCAUCUGCAAAAAUUGAUGCUAUGGAACUAGACCUCAGCUCUAUGGCUUCUGUUAGAAAAUUUGCUUCAGAAUUUAAUUCUUCAGGCCUUCCACUUAAUCUGCUUAUUAACAAUGCAGGCAUAAUGGCUACCCCUUUCAUGCUUUCCAAGGACGGGAUUGAGUUACAAUUUGCUACCAACCAUUUAGGACACUUUCUUUUGACAAAUUUAUUGCUUGAGAGAAUGAAAAGGACUGCACUAAAUAGAAAUAGAGAAGGAAGGAUUAUAAAUGUGUCAUCACGACGCCACCAGCUAUCAUAUCCUGAAGGAAUUCCUUUUGGCAAAAUAAAUGACCCCGCAGGGUAUCACAGCUUAUCUGCCUAUGGUCAGUCCAAGCUUGCAAAUGUUUUGCAUGCUAAUGAGCUUGCUAGGCGUUUAAAGGAAGAUCGGGUGGAGAUAACAGCCAAUUCAGUUCACCCAGGAGUUGUUGACACUGAUAUUUUUCGCCAUCACAGCCUUUUUAGAGGUCUAGUUAAUCUAGUUGGCCAAUUAAUUGUCAAAAGUGUACAACAGGGUGCAGCAACAACAUGCUAUGUAGCAUUACACCCCGACGUGAAAGGGGUUCGUGGAAAAUAUUUUGGUGAUUGUGAUAUAGCCAAAGCAAGUUCACAGAGUAAUGAUGCUGAUCUAGCAAGGAAAUUGUGGGAUUUCAGCUCAAAUCUUGUAAAGUGAAUUACCUUGUAUAGAGUAUUAAUUGAAAGUGGUAACUUGAUGUUUUAAAGGAGAGGUGUAUCUCAUACAAGUAAAGUCUGACUUUCUUGUUUUUUUUCAAAAAAAAAAAACUGGCUUUCGUUAUAGCUUGCAAGUGCAGUAAUAUAUCAUACUCGUAUAUACUUAAGCAGGUGGUUUGGAUUAGAGGUUUUACAAGUUCAUCAAAAGUAACCUACAAUUACUAGUCUUUGCAACCA